AUGGAUGAAGACUAUCCAAGGUCGAAGCGCAAGAAGUCUGAAGUUUCUUAUGCACAUCACUUUCGUGUGGAAGUAUUUUAUGCAGUUAUUGAUUUGCUACUUCAUGAGCUAAAUAGACGUUUUGAUGUAGUGACUAGUGACUUACUUCUUGGUAUGACUUGCUUGAAUAUGGUUGAUUCAUUUGCUAAUUUUGACAAAGACAGAAUAAUGAUGUUGACCGAGUAUUAUCCUAGUGAGUUUGAUGACAACAAGCUUCGAGAUCUUAGUUUUCAGCUUUAUAGUUUCAUUGUCUAUGCUCGAACGUGUGAUAGAAAGUUUGUCAACUUGAAGGGUAUUAAGGAUCUUGCUAUAGUGAUGGCAAAGACAAAAUUGGAUCAAACUUGGUGUCAUAUUUAUUUACUUGUGAAGCUUACUUUGAUUCUACCUGUUGCUACUGCAAGCGUGGAAAGAACAUUCUCCUCAAUGAAGCUCAUAAAAAAUAAUCUAUGUGUGGACCUUGGCGCUCGCAUAGGAGGAUUCACAUUCGCGAAGCAUAGCUGGAGCUGGAGCUGGAGGCAGUUUGACCUUCGCGAUCGUGAGGGUACUACCGUGAUUGCGUAA